GACAGCAGUUUUCAGUUGAAAACCAUCCGUGUGACUGUGUGCUUUCGAGGACUGAGGAGACAAGUGAUAAACUCUACUUUUUUAAGCAUCCUUUUAUUUAUUUAUUUUUACCGUAAAAAGUCACCAUGAAGCUGAUCUCCUGCAGUAACUCAAGACUUUCAUUCACCGUCGUCCUUCUGCUGCUGCAUUUAUCCUCCAUAUUUGGAACAAAUGCCCUAAAGCAGUCUGAUUCAGCCUUAACUGUAGUGGAGAGUACAGACAAUAAUGAAGAGGAGGAGGUGACCAUGGAUGAUGAAGAAGAAGAGGAAGAAGGAGAUUUAGAGGUGAUUCAGCCUACUGAAGAGUGGCAAACACUCAAACCAGGUGUAGCAGUACCAGCUGGUUCCCAUGUGAGGCUGAAUCUGCAGACAGGUCAGAGGGAGGUCAAACUGGGAGAAGAGCAGCUCAAAUACUGGACACAGGAACACAGGGAUCAGGAGGAGAAUCCCUCCUUCAGUCCAGAGGAGCUCAAACAGGCUAUGAAGAAGUUAAAAGAGGACCUGAAGGCUGGGAGCAAAGACUCAGAGCAACAGGAAUCUGUUGCAUCGAAGUUUCGUCCCCUUGAGGAGUUAAAGGAAGACAUGGCUAAGCUGGAGCUGCUGGUGGAGACAGAUGUUCAGAUAAUGAAGCGUCUGCUGGAACAGUUUAAUAGUAGCAACUCAACCACGGAGCAGCGGCUUAGCAUCCUGCAUGAGCUGGAGUAUCUGGUGCAUCAGGUGGAUAACGCCCAGACUCUGUGCUCCAUGGGGGGUCUCCAGUUAGUGCUGCACGGUCUGAACAGCUCUGACUUCAGGCUUCAGGAGAGCUCUGCCUUUGUCCUUGGAUCUGCUCUGUCCAGUAACCCAGCAGUUCAAGUAAAGGCAGUGGAGAGCGGUGCCCUGCAGACGCUGUUAACUACACUGGUCACAGCUGAACCACUACAUGUCAAGAAAAAGGUUUUGUUUGCAGUUGCCUCCCUCUUACGUCACUUCCCCUAUGCACAGCGUCACUUCCUGUCACAUGGAGGUCUGCAGGUCCUAUCAGAACUUUUCAGGGCAGACAGAGGUGGAGUUCUGCGCACACGUAUUGUCACCAUGUUGUACGACAUGAUCAGUGAGAAGGAACUGAUCUCUCAGGCAGGUCUGGACUCGGUGCUGGACGCCUCUCAUGAGGAGCGGGUGCGUCAGUACUCUCAGGUCUCCCUGCAGGGGGAGCUGUUGGAGAAAGGCUGGUGUGGUCUGGUCCCACAGCUGCUUGAGUCUACUGAGCACGACUACAGAGAGAAGGCUCUGCGGGCUUUGCUGGCGAUGUCUCCGGUGUGUUUGGAUCAAUACCGCUUAGACAGCUUUCUGCUGGGCUCACUGCUGUCCCUCAGAGACCAGUACCAGGAAAUGAUCAAGUCUGAGAUGAUUCUGGGAGAAGAGAACGGCUACUUUGUUGAGAUUGUUGAACUUAUAGAUGCUCUUCAAGUCAAAAUUAAAUGAUAAGAGGAGUUCCCAAAAGGGAUAUUUCAAGUGAACAUUAAUUUCACAGUGGAGUACAUAGGACUCCUAUUGUCCAUCUGUUUUACACCCUUUGGUCUCCUCCAUCCACCUGAGCCAAAAAUUUAUCCCAGUGAUAUCUUAUAAGAUGUUAAGUUCUAAAGGGGAUCUAGAAGACAAACAAGGCUUGAAGUUGGAGAUGUGAGUGUGGAUAAACAGCUGCUUUCAGAAGUCUUUUUAACACCUGUGACAUGUUAAAAGAGGCUUGAGUGGACCUAAAGGUCCAAAGAUUUAAACAGCAGGAGGAAAAUGCACAAAAACACUUUUUUAAAUGUUACUAUUCUCCAAAUGCACACACCAGAUUUGGCAAGAGGAGAUCUCACAUAAUCUUGUGUAAUCAGUGUGACUUCAGAGGACAAACAAAUAUGGUGGACAGUCAACAUUGUCAGCUGGCUGUUGUAACAUGUCUUGCAUGGUACAUUGUAACUAUUGGCACUUGUGUUGUUGCCACAAUUUGUCGAGCUGAUCUUUUUAUCACUCCCCUUGGCUUGGGGUGCAGUUGUGUUAAGGUUCACUGCCAUGAGCUAGAAAAGUGCAAAACAUCCAAAUGGUGACACUUCAUGGUCUGCUCACUUUAAUGUACUACCGUGGAUAGUCUGUCAGAGUCAGGGGAGAAAGCAGUGUAAAUAAUACAGGUGUGACAAUCCCCAAUUUGGAACAUGCCCCCCUCCCCUGACCAUUGGGGGUGAGGAAGGGAUGAGAAAGGAUUGCACCUAGAAAUGUCUAGUGUGUGGCCAGCGUUACAGACAAAGAGGUAAAGCUGAGAUGGAUUUUUCAUUAUCUUGGCAAAUAACAAAAACACAGCCACCUGUGAGUCAAUUUAACUGCUCCUCUAAAAUGAACAGGAUGCUAAUGCUGGACAGGACACAUCUCUGGGGACAACAUUGUUUGGCAGACCCUGAGAGUGAUUUGUCGGGCUUUUAAAGUACGAACCUUAAAACAGAUUUCACUAUUGUCUUAGUUUUUUUCUGAGGGGUUGGAAAUUUAUUUUUGC